GUAUGCGUACAGAGUGUGUUUGUGGAGCAAUCGUAGGAAAAUUCAUUAAAAUUUCGGCAUUUAGUUGUGCAUUUUUGAAUGUUGAUCGGUGAAAAAGUCAAAAUGGAAAUGUAUUGAAAAAGGGGGCAGUAAAAACGGCGGGCGAUUGAUAGACGAAUUGCAGCUAUGGAAUCACCGUAUAUUUCAAUAAACCUGGACGAAUUAAAACGUUUGUAUCCGAAUCUCAAUCUGGAAAAUGUUCAAGUUGUUUCUAUGGGAAGUGGAGUUGCCGAUGAAACACAAAAUACGCAGCAGGUGGUCAUUAUAGCUCCGGAAGAAUCACUCGUCCUGAAUGAAACACCCAUACAGCAGUUAGUCACAUAUCAACAGCCAACGCAAAGUACACAAGCUUACAUAAUACAAAGCACUGAAAACGAUAGUGGGCAGCAAACUGCCGCAGUAGCCCAACCAUCAAUCUAUUACUCAACCGAAGUUCCUAGCGAUCAAUUGAUUCAGCAUCAGCAAGUGCAGCCGCAACAGAACAUCAAUAUAUCGCAUCAACUACAUCAGGAUGCUACGCAGCAAAACAUAAUACUUCAAAAAACGAUUGGUACGAAUCAGCAGCCGACGGCGUCUCUCAUUCAACAACCUAUGACAAAUCAAGCGACCACACAUCAACACGUGAUAAUGCAACAGACUCCGCAUAUAGUACUGCAACAACAGCCUGCACCGCAGCAGCAACAACAAACCACAAAUCCGAUAGUUCUGAGGCAAAUGCAAGGAAACACUAUAAACCAGUCGCGAUACGUAUACCAACAACCCCAGACUAGAACAGUGCUUUAUAACACACAACCCCAGGCUACAAUUCAAACUAAUCAUCAACAACAUAUUACACAACAGCAGCAACAAAUACAACAACAACAGCAACACAUUCAGCAGCAACAACCACAGCAGACGCAUCCUUUGCAGCAUCAACACCAGCAGAUCGUAUCUCCGUCAAAUCGAGUAUCCGUAAUGCAACAACAACCAUCCCAAACCCGGCAACUUAUUGUAUCAAGCCAACCUCAAAUACAACCAAAUUUAAUUUAUCAAACUCCACAAACUCAGCAGCACAUACAACAUCAACAGACUCAGCAGACCAAUAUUAUGCAACAGAAACCGCAUCCGGCUCAAAUAUCACCAUCGCGUCUUGUGCGAAUUGCAACUCCGAGGGGUGUAACGCUAAUUAGCCCAAACCAGGCGCCUAAGUUGGCACCUUUCCGCAACAACAGUCCUCGAUUUUCAACACCCCAAAGUGCUUCGUUGACCACUCAGACGGUGACCGCAGCAAUCGCCUCAAGUUCCGCAAAUACCUCUGAAAGUAUGACACCUCCCCAAGCAACAGUAGUCAAACAAGUGCAACGUAGAGGGAAUGCUGCACGCGGUCGUGGGGGUCCCUCCCCCCGAGGAGGACGUGGUGGUACUCCGGUACGCCUUCAGGCACCAACUAAUUCAACCAUAGUGCAGCAACAGCAAACCUCACAGCCUCAAAAUGCUCAACCGCGAACAGUGCAAUACCAAGUAAAUCAAGUAUCAACAGCACAAUCCCAAUCUCGACAGAAUGUUCCUCCACUUGUUUCAACUCCGACGCAACGCAUUUAUGCUGGAGUGGUGAGCACUACUCUGGCUACCACACCUAGAGGGGUGAUUACUGGAGGUCAGGCACAGCGCGUUAUAGCAACUCAAACUCCAAAGAAUCAGUCACCAAACUCAGUUGCUGUUGGUGCGGGAAGUCAACAAUCCACCCCGCGAUACCGCAUUCCGAAGAUAGCCGCCAACACUAGCACCAAUGGUAGAACUAAUUCUGUUCCCCACACCAUUACUAAUAAUAAUUCGAAUUUGUCUUUAGAUUUGGAAGAAAGCAUUCAGGCGGUUGUUGUUACGAAAGCCAACGAAGUUAAUACUCCUGGUAGCACGGUGUCAACAAACAAGUCCUCGGGGUCGAAAACGUUCCAUACUACCGUGACUACUUAUAGCACUAUUGAAUCUCCAGAUGACGAUAAGAACACGGGCAAGGUGACGAUAAAAAAUGGGCCCAGUAUAUCGCUUAUAGAAUUGAAACGUCAACAACAACAACAACAAAGGCAGCAGCAACAACCGCAACAAGCCGCUCAUAUUCUAGGGAAGGCAGUACAGGCAGUACGUACGAACGCUACUGCUGCGAACCGUGCCGUUAGCACAUCUGGCCAACCGUCGGUCGCAAUUCAAAGAAACACUACUCAAGCUGCAACCGCAACUGAUGACAGCAAGAAAGUGAUUCGAAGUCAACCGCAAAACCAACACAUUAUUCAGCCCAUGUCUACUAACAAACUCCAAAAUCCGGGUGGCGACACACAAAAAAGCGCCCGAAUGUUAGUAAUCCUUAGCAAUGGUGAGCAACGGUUGAUAACAUUCACCCUCCCACGAGAAAGCUGCACUGUUCAGGAGCUCCUCGAGCAAGUAGGCGUUCCAUUCACCCCUAAAACGAGCAUUCAAUGUGUUCCCAAUCCUGGUGCAAGUAUCGAUUACAUUGUAACUGUUGGUAUCAGCGUUCAAGAAUCUGUAACUGAACUAGCGAGUGCUGCUGAAAAUAGCUUGCAACUGUCAAAGCAGCAACAAGAAGCCAGUACUCAGCAAAAUGCAACAAAUGCUGAACAAAGUGCCCAAACCAAUCAGAACAAUUCAUCUGAAAAGCAAACUGCAGAAACGUCUAAGGAAGUUCCUGCUAAACUAAUUCCAGGGUUUUUGGCCGUUUGCACACAAUGCGGUUACACUGGAUCCGAUUUCGCUAAAUGUGAACGUUGCAAAAGAGUCUUUACCGAGGAGCCAAAGCGAGUUGCAACGAAAUCAGUCGCUAAAUCAGAAGACGAAAAGAAAAAAACACCAGCAGAGCUACUAAGCAGGGCUGCGGCAAAGGGUACACUCGCAGUUAGUGCAUCCGGUCUUCCUCCAUUGCGUGCCGGUAAAGUAACAAUCACAGCCUCUACACGAGGACGCGGUCGGGGAAUACCACGGGUCAAACCACCAGAAGCUGAACCUGUAAUUUUAACGUUGAGUAGUGAUGAAGAGGGCGAUGAGGAUAAAUCGAAUAAAUCAGCAAAAACUCAACUGGCUGCACCAAGCCCACCUGUAUUGAAGCCUCCUUUAGCAUGUGAACCUGUUAUUUUGGAAAAUAUGCCAGCACCAGCAAAUAUGGAACGCGAAGAUGUAGGAAAUAUAACUAAUUCAACAGAUCAAUUAUACACAUUAAUUAACUGUAAAAUUAUACGUUUUGGUACAUAUAGAUAUGAUCCUAAGGAGAAAGUAUUACUAUCAUCGAAGGGCAUUAAAAUAAUCGCACCAAGUUGCAAGAAUCCUGUCGACGCGGUAGUGUUAAAUAUACAAAUGCGCGAAAUUGUGAAAAUAAUAGCCCAUUUCUCAAAAUCUCUCAACAUUUUAUUUAUUUAUACUCUACCGACAUGUGGAAUUUAUAUUAGAGAAAAUUUAGAGAUGAAAUCCAAAAGUUCCGAUACACCGUAUUACAAUCCUACCGACAGAGCAGAGCCGUACAAGAGAAUCGUUCUUCAAAUGGAUGUAAUUUCAGAAGAAGCGAAAACUGUGAUAAGAUCUAUCUUUGCGAAGACAAUGCUAGAAGAGGUCCAAUGCACUGAGGCUAAUGAACUUUUAGUACGGUCAUGCCUAAAGGAUAAAUAUAUUAAACAAGAUCAAAAUGCGGCUGUUAAAUCAGAGACGGAAAACAUUCGCCAGAUCCUUAUUUAUCCUCCCGGGAAAGGCGGCAUCCCAAUAAACACAGAGGACUACAUGUGCUUGGCAAUAGAUCAGUAUUUGAACGACGUCAUCAUAGAUUUCUUCCUGAAGUAUCUUCAUACGGACGUGUUGACUGAGGAACAAAGACAAAAGACUCAUAUAUUUAGCUCAUUUUUCUACAAUCGUUUGACCACAAUGACAACACGGCAGCGACAAACUGAGAAAGAUGGAAAGUUGACAGCAUCACAAAAGCGACAUGCUCGAGUCAAAAGUUGGACGAAAAAUGUUAACCUGUUCGACAAAGAUUUUAUUAUAAUUCCAAUAAACGAACAAUCUCACUGGUUUUUAGCUAUAAUUUGCUUUCCACGACUCCAAGGUCCAGUUACGUAUGAUACGCACGAACCAGUUGUAAAUCAGCCUACAGUGAAGAAAAAAAAGCCGCCUGUCGAGCGAAAAGUUUCACUGCAGAUUGGUAACACAACUAUUACGCCGUUAUCGAAACGUGAAGUUGAUUCCGUGUGUGUAGGAGAUGAUUCGUUGAGCGAACGAGAUGAAGCCGAAGGUGAUGAGAGUGAUUUGGCAUCUGAUGAAAGUGACGGUGAAGCUCAAAAUGGCAAUAGCAGUACAGCAUCAAAUGCUGACGAAACGCGGUAUCGUCCCAUCAAACAGCCUCUAAUACUUAUUUUCGAUUCAUUGGCGGGUGCUUCGCGGAGUCGAGUUGUAGCCACAUUACGUGAUUAUUUAACGUGUGAAUACCGUGCAAAAAUCAAGGAAGACACAACUCAUGUUUUCAAUAAAUUUAAUAUGCCCGGGCAUUGUGUAAAAGUUCCACAACAAAAUAAUUUUACAGACUGCGGUCUUUAUGUGUUACAGUACGUAGAACAGUUUUUCAAAGAUCCAAUUAAGGAUUAUAAGUUGCCUAUUAAGCAGCUCGUAAGCUGGUUUGAAACGAUCGUAGUGACCCGAAAACGGGAAGACAUUUCGAAUUUACUUAAGAGUUUAGUUGAACAACAUAAUCCUGAUAGAUUGCCGUUACCAGAAAUCCAAUUUCCAACUUUGAAUGGGAAAUUAAUUGAACCUGAACUAACCGAUGAACAGGCCGAAUUCGAGGAGGAAGAAAUGGACGAUGAGGGCGAAGAAGAGGAGGAAGAGGAACUUGAUUCACUCGCGGGUGGCGACACGGAAGGUGAAGCUUCGCCAGUAAAACGAAACGGUGAGAAGAGACCCAUUGCCAUUGCUUCAUCGACUACAACGGCAACAACUGCAUCCACCAACACAAUAACGCUUAAACGACCGCUUGACCUUGAAUUGAGUAAGAGCCAAGAGCCGGUGGUUCGGAAAACGGCCAGACUGAACGAGUCCAACUAGAUAAAGAAUUUCGUUUUUAAGUUUUUAUUAUGUACGGAGAACUAAGUAAGUGAUAUGAACACCAGAAUGGAAGGACAAUUUUAGGGUCGAGAUAAAUAAUUUUUAAGGAUUGAAAAAGCUACAAUUAUAAAUAACAUGAUACAGUCAUAAUUGCAUUUUGACUAAAAAAUAAAAUCUAAGCCUAGGUUUUUGUAAAUAUGAAGUAAACUUGUCCUCGUUUUAAUUCGGAGCAGAUUUGUUUUCCAGUAAUCUUUGUUUCCUCAACUUCUCGGUUGAUACGUUUCGCUUGCAGGACUUGAGUGAAUUUUGGCGGAGGUUCGGCAUCGUAAACAGCUAAAUUUUCCGCCAGAGUGCCAGUCGGCACAAUUUCAUAUUUAUAAACAUACAUCUUAGGCUCAAACCCAAUUAAUUUGCAUAAUUACUUGUUGCACAUUUAUAUUUGUUUACGUUCAGAUAUGUAACAUCAUGUAGUAAUUAAGCCGGUGGGCAUUCGCUGAAAAUGUCAAGCUUCUGACAUUCUCACAAGCCAUGCUGCACAUUGUAACUAUACAUGGCAUGUACUAGUACCCAGAUGCCGCAUAGAACCAUAGAAAUCUAAUAUCAAUUGUAUAGAAACAUCUGAAAUAUAAAUGUAGCUUCAUCGCCUUUUAUAUGCACGUUGAAUUAUGUGAAAUAUUGAAUAAACAGACCUUGAGGUUAUGCCGCCAUGUACAAAUGUGCCGUAAACAAUUUGUACAUGGUGGAAAGUGAGGUUAGGGUAAUUCACUUCUCAAUUUCCUUUUUUUAUUAAUUGCGAUUAUACGUGUACAUUCAAAAUAUGUUGAAUAAAGUUCGUUUAUUCUUGAA